AUGACGUCGGAUAAACAGAAGGACGGAGGUGAGAAGGAGUAUGUGUCUGCGCCCAUAUCGUUAUCAGUCAGCGGCGAUAACGAAGUCUUGCUGUCUACUGCAGUUAUUUUAGUUAAGAACGAGAAAACAAAUGCAAUGCAUGAGGCACGUUGUUUGCUCGACUGUGGUGCUCAAUCUAAUUUUAUAUCUGAGGCGCUGGUGGAGAAGUUAGGCAUGCAGGGUGAGGAUAUAGACGUCCACAUUACGGGUAUUAAAAGUAUUUCAUUUGAUGUCAAGAAACACUGCGCGGUAACUAUUCAAGCGCGUAAUCGUAGUGUUAAGGCACCGUGUGCGCAAGUUGAUGCCUACGUUCUCCCUCAGAUAAUGAAACCCUUACCGUCAGAGGAAGUGGAUAUUUCGAAUAUUGAUAUCCCUCAAAAUAUCACAUUAGCAGACCCAGGCUGGUACAAGCCUGCUGAAAUUGACAUAUUAAUAGGCGGUGCGAUAUUUUGGGACUUAAUCCGCAAUGGACAAAUUGAGCUCGGUCGCAAUAAGCCAAAAUUACAAAAUUCAAUAUUUGGUUGGUUAGUGGUAGGAAAAACAAUGUUAACUACUAAGACUAGUAGAACAAAAACUGAGCAUUGUGGUUUCAGUAGAGAAAUACGCGAUCAGCUAAGUAAGUUUUGGGAGUUGGAGGAAGUGCCAGCUGCACCAGUGUUGUCCCCAGAAGAGGAGGCGUGCGAAGAACAUUUCAAGCAAAACACACGACGCUUGGCUGAUGGCAGAUUUUGCGUCACGCUGCCCUUGAAAAGUCAACCAGAUAUUCUAGGUGACUCAUAUAGAAUAGCAAGGAAACGGUUUGAUUCCUUGGAGCACAGGUUUAGAAGGCAGCCUGAUGUAAAAUCGCUGAAAUUGGAUUAA